AUGAGGAUGUCGUCCGUGAGAGAGAGGCGAGUGAUUAAUCAGAGAAGGGUAAAGGAGCCAAGCGAAUUGAGAAUGUCUAGUCAAACGCCACGUGUCGAUCCACAGCAAAUAAGCCAACUGAAUUUUCCUGUCUUCAGGCUCAUUGGCCAAGUUACGUCGCAGCCACAACAGGACCAGAUCAUAAUAGCAUCGCCAACAACCGGAGGCGAAAUGGUGGCGCUGACGAAUGUUCGCACGUCUAAUAACUCCAACUACGACAUCCAAGGGUGGUACGAGUUUGUUUGCCGUACAAACGAUUCUGGGGAUGCUGGGUUUCUGGUUUUGGACUCGGUCAAAUGUUUGCUCCCUCAGGGCGAAGAGAUGAGUGUCAAUGGUGUUGUCGCAUUGCAACAACUCAGCGGCAAAUUCCCGGAACUGUAUUGA